UGUUAAGUGAUUGGGUGUAGGCGGGGCCUUGGUCUCUGUCGGGCGUGAGCGAGCGGCUGGUGGGCGCGCCCGCUGCGACGUUGCGGAGGCUUCAAGAUGGCGGAAGCCCUGACAACUCAGGAGCAGCUGGCUGUGGAGGAGUUCCUGAGUAAGGUGCGUAGUAGGGAGCAGCCUCACAGUGCUGGGCUUGUCUCCCAACCUACAGCUGUAAAGUUUCUUAUGGCCCGCAAAUUUGACGUCUCCAGAGCCAUCGACCUCUUCCAAGCAUACAAGAACACAAGAAUCAAAGAGGGCAUCAUCAAAAUCAACCCUGACGAGGAGCCCCUACGCUCUGAGCUGCUGAGUGGCAAAUUUACAGUCCUGCCUGGCCGUGAUGCAAAGGGUGCUGCUCUAGCGCUAUUCACGGCUCGUCUCCAUCGGCCAGACGUAACCACCCACAAAGCUGUACUUCAGGCUAUCAUCUAUCAGCUGGACAAAGCCAUAGAGAGUGUACAAACUCAAAGAGACGGCCUCAUAUUUAUCUACGACAUGACCAACUCCAGCUAUGGCAAUUUUGACUAUGAUCUCUGUGUCAAGAUCCUCAAUUUGCUCAAGGGGGCAUUUCCAGCUCGUCUAAAAUGUGUCUUUAUUGUGUCAUCACCUCUUUGGUUUCGAGCACCUUUCGCGGUCCUCCGCCUGUUUGUGCGUGAGAAGCUUAGAGAAAGGGUGUGCACGGUGAAAGCUCAUGAGUUGGCCAGUCACAUCCCAGUCUCCUCCCUUCCUGAGCACCUGGGUGGGACAUCCCAGUAUAGCCAUGUGGCUUGGAUCCAGUCCUGUGUUAACGUUCACACAAACACUGUUCAGGGUGACACACAAGAACAUGACACACAUGACUGUGUGGGAAGCCUACUACGCUCUUACAGCUUGGAGUGCAGCAACACAAGUGCAGGCGCUACACUGUCCCAAACCCAUAUAAAUACGCAGUUAGGUUCUGAGCUAGCCGUGGCUAACUCUAACUGCUACGAUGAUAGCAAUGCUAACCCACACAACCACUGCGGUGUAGUGGAGGGCAGGACUCGAGGUGUAGGCCAAUACCAACAGGGUCCACAUUCUGCUGCAAACAGGCCACAGGGGAACCACCAACAUUGGAAUGGCUCAGCAGUGAGCGAAGCCAACACUGCCGUUAGUGGCUCCAGCCUCAAUGCUAACAUGAAUGGUCGUGGUCGCCAAGCUCCUCCCCAGUCAGACACGCCUCCCGACACACCGCUUUCCCAGAAAGGUGAUGGGGAUGUGGUGGACUGCAAGGCAACAGACUCUGCCCACAGACCUCAGAAUGAGAGUGUCAAAGAGGAGGACGAGGCUGAGGAAGAGGAAGGGGUACCUCCGUUGCCCCAGAAAUCUCUGCCUCGUCCACCCCACCAGCCAUCCUCUCAAUCCCCGCCCCUGUCCUCCUCAUGGGGUCCUGAUGAUGAGGACCGCUGUAUGGAGGUUUCUGUUCAUAUGCCAGAGCAGGGAGGCAUGACAGUGCAUGAGCUGGUGGAGCAUGUGAAAAGGAAGAAGAAAAAAGGGAUCUAUCAGGAGUACGAGGAGAUACGCAAGGAGCCCCCAGCAGGCACCUUUGACUACUCCAAGAAAUUAUCCAAUCAGAUAAAGAACAGGUACAGUGAUGUUCUCUGCCUGGACCAGUCCCGAGUGCAACUCUGCCAGCUCUCUGAUGAAGAGGAUGAGACAUCAGAUUACAUUAAUGCCAGUUUCAUGGAUGGGUACAAGAGGAGUAACGCCUACAUCGCAACUCAGGGUCCUUUGCCAAAAACUUUUGGCGACUUCUGGCGCAUGGUGUGGGAACAGAUGGUACUUAUCAUUGUCAUGACCACCAGGGUGGUGGAGCGUGGACGUGUCAAGUGUGGUCAAUACUGGCCUCUUGAGGAGGGCAGGACCGAGCAGCACGGAAACUUCUUGGUCAGGAGCACACACAUCCAGGUGUUCCAGGACUUCAAACUCUCCCAUCUUGAACUCUACAAUACACAGUCUGGAGAGAGACGGGAGGUCUGCCACUACCUCUAUGUCAGCUGGCCAGACUUCGGCGUACCCAAGAGUGCUUCUGCUAUGCUGGACUUCCGUGAGCAUGUACUUCAAAGGAGGGAGGCGGCAGUUCAGAGCCUGGGAGCCAGGUGGACAGGGCCUCCAGGAGGCCCCCCAGUGGUUGUGCACUGCAGUGCUGGCAUUGGCCGCACAGGCACAUUCUGUACACUGGACAUCUGCCUGUCCCGGCUGGAGGACAUCGGCACAGUAGACGUCCGUCAGACGGUGCGGCGGAUGCGUACACAGAGGGCUUUCAGCAUCCAGACAUGGGACCAGUACUACUUCUGCUACACGGCAGUCAUCGAGUAUGCCCAGCGCCAUGGGAAACUGAGCCCAGUGCAGUGGUCUGACUCAGACCUAGAGACCGACAGCGAGUGAGGGACACAUGGAAGGAUAACUAAACGCAUGGGAUAGCCAACCUAGACUGAAGUCAUAGGAACGGAAGGGUGAGGAAUGACAUUUCAGAGUAGAGGAGGAAGAUGACUCUUCUGCCAAAAGAGAAAGAAGAGACAAAGGAUGGAGAUCUUAUUUUGGAUCUUGAUGUAAUGAUGCAGACUCCCACAGUUGCUCCUCCUUUACAUGAGUGGAUAGACAGAGGAGGUGAUGAGCUGUGAAAAAAAAAACACAGGGAGUGGAGACUGUGCAUUGCAUCACUGAUUGAGCAAGCUGUCCUGCCAAUUUCCGAGCCCCUUUUUAUCUAGCAAACUACAGGGGGACUAGGCCUGUCCUGAACCUGUCAUGUUGACAAGAGCGUUGUACGAGUUGUAGCAUUUUUAUAUUGACUUGCACAUGAGGAAUGACAAACUUGAACUUUACCCCCCCCCCCCGGCCUUUCUUCCUUUUUGUAUUUCUUGCUCCUUUUCAACCCUGAACAAGUCUGUGAUCACAGAUACAAUGUGAGGGGUAUGAAAAGGUGAAACUUGAAAACUGUUUUUUUAAGUGAUGGUAGAUCAGUGUGUGAGCCAUUUAGUCAAUUUCUGUUUUUCCUUUAUUUUCCAUGUCAUUUUUUCUAUGGUGCAUUUUCUACAUGUGUUUCGUAUUUGUGCAUAUGUAGACUAACUUUUCAAAGCCAAAGUCCUCACCCUGAAUGCUUGGAUGUACUCCUUACUGAAAUAUUAUAGACUGAAGCCCAUGUAUAUUCUUGUAACAUACAUUUAUACAUUAGUGUGCAUUAUAACAACCUCUGAAAGAAGAGCAAAAAAAAGCUGUUUAAUAUAAUUGACUUAACCGUGAGAAGAAAUAUCUAUGUAGCGAGCCAGGCUAUGACACAAUAUUGAAGAGUUCUGUUAUAAAAACCGAUAUCAUAAUGCAAAUCUGUGUGAUUUGUCAGGUCUAACAUCAUUUUUACUGUCGGAGUGUUCUGAUUGGUCGAUCUUUAGUAAUUUGGCCUUAACUUGAUUCACUGCCUCAUUGUUCUCAGACCUAAACCAUACCUUAAACUGUAAACUGUUUUAUUUCCCCUUCUGUUCUUUCCCUGUUUGAAUCUUAGUCCCUUGAUACCACAACUGUCGUUUUUGAUUCUCGAGGUAUAUUUUGCCUCAGAUAUUUGUGCCUUCAAGUUUUCCUUAGCUUAAUGUCUCGCUAGUAUAGUAAUAACACCCAAACUAGUUCACUUGCACAGUAGACAUUGACUAUGUGCCACACAGGACACCCACAUUUUGCCUCUAGUCCUGUACAUGGUACACCACUUAUGAAUAACAAAGAAGUAGUGAGUUAUCCGGGACUAAGCUCUGGUUUCAGACAUGGCUAUACUUUUAUCAUUUGACCUCAGGGGGUAAUUCUAGUGUUUUUUGCCUAGUGUCAAAGAUCUGUUUCUGGUUUUGCCUCUGGUAAAUUAUCAUUUAAGAAAAAACUAUAUCAACUUUAUUUUGUAUUUUUUACUGUAUUGUAUCCUUAUAUAUUUAUGUCUUUGUAAAACUUCUACAAUAUUGAAAUCCGUGAAUGUUGGUACGAUGCUACAAAGAAAAGAAACCAGUUAUUGCAUUUGAUAAGCUGAACAAAUCAGAUGGGGAGUGAAAUAUAUUUUUUGUUGUUCACAAUGAAACUUAAAGAAAAUAUCACUUGCCAUUGUAUUUUCAGAACUGACUUGUAUAAAUGGUGAUUGUUCAAUUCUAGGACAAUAAG